UCUGGUUGUUGAGGGCUAAACACGGAAUUCAUUUGUAAAUCAGCCUCUUUUCCCGGGAUAGAAGCCAUUUCUGUCCUGCAGGUUUGGGGGUUCACCUUUUACAUAUGAAUGUGCCACUCAGUCAUUUCUGCAUUACUGAGGGGCAGACAUCCAGACGGUCCACAGUGGGAAAGGAUUACGACACCAAUAAAAAAAAAAAAAAGACCGUUUUCUGGCUUCUUGGAGGAGAGGCACAUUGGAACCGGGGAGAAUUGGGGAACAAUUAUUAAAAAAACAGAAAAAACCUUCAAAGGGCAAACUACCCAGCACUCCCCCUCCCCCUCUUGGAUGGUUGCUUUUCAACCAGCUGAACGACUGCAAUUUGAGUGUUUAUUCACAUCCGGGGAAAUAAAUGGCCCCGCUGCAGUGGCUGGAGGCUCUCGGCUCGGCCUAGCUGCUGUCUGUCCAGGGUGAUAAAUUAGAGCUGAAAGCCCAGGGACACGGAGGCUCGUCGCUCUGCCGCAGACGGUCUGAUUCCCGGAGAGGUGAGCCUGUCCUUGCCCUGCGGGCCACCUAAUGCAUACGGAGGCCACAAGGCCGGGCUGGCCUGAUCCUGGCUCCACAGAGAGAACAGCCCAGAAAAGAAAGUUCCCUAGCCCUCCACAUUCUUCCAAUGGCCACUCGCCACAGGACACAUCAACAAGCCCCAUUAAGAAGAAAAAGAAACCUGGCUUACUGAACAAUAACAAUAAGGAGCAGUCAGAACUAAGACAUGGUCCGUUUUACUAUAUGAAGCAGCCACUCACCACAGACCCUGUUGAUGUUGUACCGCAGGAUGGACGAAAUGAUUUCUACUGCUGGGUUUGUCACCGGGAAGGACAAGUCCUUUGCUGUGAGCUCUGUCCCCGGGUUUAUCACGCUAAGUGUCUGAGACUGACAUCGGAACCAGAGGGGGACUGGUUUUGUCCUGAAUGUGAGAAGAUCACAGUAGCAGAAUGCAUCGAGACGCAGAGCAAAGCCAUGACCAUGCUCACCAUCGAGCAGCUAUCGUACCUGCUCAAGUUUGCCAUUCAGAAAAUGAAGCAGCCGGGGACAGAUGCAUUCCAGAAGCCCGUUCCGUUGGAACAGCAUCCAGACUACGCAGAGUACAUCUUCCACCCCAUGGACCUCUGUACACUGGAAAAGAACGCUAAAAAGAAAAUGUACGGUUGCACAGAGGCCUUCCUGGCGGAUGCAAAGUGGAUUCUGCAUAACUGCAUCAUUUAUAACGGGGGAAAUCACAAAUUGACUCAAAUAGCGAAAGUAGUCAUCAAAAUCUGUGAGCAUGAGAUGAAUGAGAUUGAAGUAUGUCCAGAGUGUUACCUAGCUGCUUGCCAAAAACGAGAUAACUGGUUUUGCGAGCCUUGUAGCAAUCCACAUCCUUUGGUCUGGGCAAAACUGAAGGGGUUUCCAUUCUGGCCCGCAAAAGCCCUGAGGGAUAAAGAUGGGCAGGUUGAUGCCCGUUUCUUUGGACAACAUGACAGGGCCUGGGUUCCUAUCAAUAACUGCUACCUCAUGUCUAAAGAAAUUCCUUUUUCUGUGAAAAAGACUAAAAGCAUCUUCAAUAGUGCAAUGCAAGAGAUGGAAGUUUAUGUGGAGAAUAUCCGCAGAAAGUUCGGGGUUUUUAAUUACUCUCCGUUCAGGACACCCUACACGCCCAAUAGCCAGUACCAAAUGCUGCUGGACCCCAGCAACCCCAGCGCCGGAGCCGCCAAGGUAGACAAGCAGGAGAAGGUCAAGCUCAACUUUGACAUGACGGCCUCCCCCAAGAUCCUGAUGAGCAAGCCCAUGCUGAGUGGGGGUGCCGGCCGCAGGAUCUCUUUGUCGGACAUGCCGAGGUCUCCCAUGAGCACAAACUCCUCUGUGCACACCGGGUCCGACGUGGAGCCGGACCCCGAGAAGAAGGCCACCUCCAGCCACUUCAGCGCCAGUGAGGAGUCCAUGGACUUCCUGGACAAGAGCACAGCUUCACCCGCCUCCACGAAGACAGGACAAGCAGGGAGCUCAUCCGGCAGCCCGAAACCCUUCUCACCCCAAUCGUCCACGCCUGUCGCCACGAAGACGGACAAAACGCCCACCGGAAGCAUCCUGAACCUUAACCUGGAUCGAAGCAAGGCCGAGAUGGAUUUGAAGGAGCUGAGCGAGUCCGUCCAGCAGCAGUCUGCCCCUGUUCCUCUCAUCUCUCCCAAGCGGCAGAUUCGUAGCAGGUUCCAGCUAAACCUUGACAAGACGAUAGAGAGUUGCAAAGCACAAUUAGGCAUAAAUGAAAUCUCAGAAGAUGUUUAUACGGCCGUAGAGCACAGCGAUUCGGAAGAUUCUGAGAAGUCAGAUAGUAGCGAUAGUGAGUAUAUCAGUGAUGAUGAGCAGAAGUCCAAGAAUGAGCCAGAAGAUGCAGAAGACAAAGAGGGUAGUCGGAUGGACAGAGAGCCAUCUGCUGUCAAAAAAAAGCCCAAACUGGCAAACCCAGUGGAUGCUAAAGAGGAGAUGAAAAGCACAUCGCCGACCAGCGAGAAAGCAGAGCCGGGCACAGUCAAGGAAAAGGCCAGCCCCCAGCCCGAGAAAGACUUUCCAGAAAAAGCGAAGCCCUCACCUCAUCCCACAAAGGAUAAACUGAAGGGAAAAGAUGAGACGGAUUCCCCAACAGUACAUUUGGGCCUGGACUCCGAUUCAGAGAGCGAACUUGUCAUAGAUUUAGGAGAAGACCAUUCUGGGAGGGAGGGUCGAAAAAAUAAGAAGGAACCCAAAGAAUCAUCUCCCAAACAGGAUGUCGUAGGUAAAACGCCACCAUCCACGACGGCGGGCAGCCAGUCUCCCCCUGAAACGCCAGUCCUCACCCGCUCUUCCUCCCAAACGCCCACGGCUGGUGUCACGCCCACCACCAGCACCACGUCCAUGGUCACGGCCCCGGCCACCGCCGUCACGGGAAGCCCGGUGAAAAAGCAGAGGCCGCUCUUACCGAAGGAGACUGCCCCGGCCGUGCAGCGGGUCGUGUGGAACGCGUCAAGUAAGUUUCAAACGUCUUCUCAAAAGUGGCACAUGCAGAAGAUGCAGCGGCAGCAACAGCAGCAGCAGCAGCAGCAGCAGCAAAGCCAGCAGCAGCAGCCUCAGUCUUCCCAGGGGACGAGAUAUCAGACCAGACAGGCUGUGAAAGCCGUCCAGCAGAAGGAGAUCACCCAGAGCCCGUCCACCUCCACCAUCACCCUGGUGACCAGCACGCAGCCGUCGCCUCUGGUCACCAACUCGGGGUCCACAAGCACCCUCGCCUCUUCGGUCAGCGCGGACCUGCCCAUUGCCACUGCCUCCGCCGACGUAGCUGCAGACAUAGCCAAGUACACUAGCAAAAUGAUGGAUGCAAUAAAAGGGACCAUGACAGAGAUCUACAACGAUCUUUCUAAAAACACUACCGGAAGCACCAUAGCCGAGAUCCGCAGGCUGAGGAUCGAGAUUGAGAAGCUUCAGUGGCUGCACCAGCAAGAGCUCUCCGAAAUGAAACACAACUUGGAACUUACCAUGGCCGAGAUGCGGCAGAGCCUGGAGCAGGAGCGGGACCGGCUCAUCGCUGAGGUGAAGAAGCAGCUGGAGCUGGAGAAGCAGCAGGCGGUGGAUGAGACCAAGAAGAAGCAGUGGUGCGCCAACUGCAGGAAGGAGGCCAUCUUCUACUGCUGCUGGAACACCAGCUACUGCGACUACCCCUGCCAGCAGGCUCACUGGCCGGAGCACAUGAAGUCCUGCACCCAGUCAGCCACCGCCCCCCAGCAGGAAGCGGAUGCCGAGGCGAACACAGAAACACUGAACAAGCCGGCGCAGGGGGGCCCCUCCAGCACCCAGGCAGCCCCUCCGGAGACAGCCAGCGCCUCGAAAGACAAGGAGACGCUGGCCGAGAAAAGCAAGGACAGCGGCUCGACCCUCGACCUCUCCGGCUCCAGGGAGACUCCGUCCUCCAUUCUCUUGGGCUCCAACCAAGGCUCCGACCACUCGCGGAGCAGUAAGCCCAGCUGGAGCGGCAGCGACGAGAAGCGCGCGUCGGCUCGCUCGGAGCACAACGCCGGCACCAGCGCCAAGAGUCUUCUCCCCAAAGAGUCCCGGCUGGACACCUUCUGGGACUAGGGCCACGCGCGCCGAGCCACCCGCCCCCUGCAGGAAAAUUCAAACCAGGACACCGGGAACACAAGACAGCAGAGGAAGACCAGAGAACCUCCCCCAUCAGACUUGAAGAUUCCACACCUCAGACCUGGCGCCGCGCCAGCUCCGAGGGCCCCUACACUACAGCGUCCAGCAUUAGCGUCGGCCCACACAAAGCCUGUGCUUUACAUGUAAAUAAUGUACAAUUUGUGGAUGUCACCGAACCGAGAGGACCUUCCUCUUUUUAUAUUUGUAUCGACUUUAACUUAUAAAAAAAAAAAAACAAUUUAGAAAAACACCCCCAACACCAAAAAGGAUGUUUUGGUGUUGGGGACAGUGGUAGGUCAGUCCGGCUGUCCCCUGGGCCCAGGUGCCCGGGGACAGUGAGCUGUUUUCCGUUUUCGGGGUGCACGCCGGGCGCGCGGGCACCUCACUCAAGCCAUCAGCCCCCUUCCGAGUGCAUCACUAGGCUCUAAAAGGCAAGUCUCUGCACCCCGAGGCCAGGGAGCAGCUCGCUGAUUCCGGUGAGUUCCACCAUCUUGCUCCUCCUCCUGGAAGGGAAAAGGAAAUUCUGCCCCUGUUGACCGGAGCAAUCGGAAACCUGCCCGCCGGGCUCCGCGGCAGAAGCUCGGACACAGUGCUCGGGCUUUGCCUUGGGGGGCCCUGUGGAUGCGCCGUGUGCGCCGCGCGCGCGCUGCGGGGACCCCGCCGGACCCGCGGGGGCCCGGAGGAAGCAUGUCCGUAUUAUUUAUAGGAUGGAGUUUUGCGUUUUUCUGUAAGCAUGACACAAGGGCCGUGUGAGAGGAAGCGGCCGGCCGCGCGCCGGGACUCGGGGGCUGCUACGCACCAUUCUGUAUGUUGUGUAAAACAAAAAGCAUUGAACAAAGCAAAAGGUGACGUAUGUAUAUGAGAAAAUUAAUUGUACGAUAUCAUUCCAGUACAUUUUGUUGUACAUUUCAGUCUCGUUUACUUUCUCUUCAUUGUUGAUAAGAGGAUGCGAACUGUACAGUUUCCAGCUAGUUCACCCAUAUUAGAGAAGAAAUUAAAAAAGAAUAUUAGAAGGACGUGGGAGAGGAAAGAGCGUUUGUGAAUUGCAGUUGUCAAAAAAAAAAAAAAUAGCCUAGCUGGCCUUAUUUGUGAAGCAUAAUUGCUUUUAGCAUAUGGAAGUAUUUUUUCACAUUUUCUUUGUAUAAAAUUUGUAUUAAACUUAAAUAUCUUUUUUGAUGAUGGUGUUUCUUUGUGACUGAGCCAGUGGACUCUCACGGUAUGCUCUUUUGGGUUCCCCCGCCCCCCAGUUUUUCAGAUUCUUCACCUUUUUUUAAUUAAACUGUU